AGAGAGAGUAGCAGAGGGAAGUGGAGCACUGAGGCAUUGAGGUGUAAAGACGCACACAGAGACACCACACCUCAAGCAGAUAAACGACAGAACAAACGGUGCAGAGAAAGAGGACAAGGACAAAAAAGGAGGGAAACUGAUAAAGGACAAAAGAAGACAGAAGGAUGGAUUGAAGAUUAAAGUAAUACUGAAAACUCACUCUCUAUUUCUCUACAAAGAAAGGAGAGAGGACAAAAAGAAGAAACAGUUUCAACAGAAACGAGGGGAAUCCCUCCUUUAUUUUUUACCCCAUGGGUUAGCUCAGUCCAAUCUGACCCCCUCGACUCAGAGGACGGAGUGAGGAGCAGAAAGGGGGGACAGCCAGACAGCUAGACAGCCAGACAGAGACAGACAGGUCGUGUGUCAUCAUGCCGGUGAUGAAGGGGCUCCUCGCCCCACAAAACACUUUCCUGGACACCAUCGCCACUCGCUUUGACGGCACCCAUAGCAACUUUCUUUUGGGUAAUGCUCAGGGUCACCGUGGUUACCCCAUUGUUUACUGCUCGGACGGGUUCUGUGAGCUGACGGGCUUUGUUAGGACAGAAGUAAUGCAGAAAAACUGCAGCUGUCGCUUCCUUUAUGGCUCCGGAACCAAUGAGCAGGUGGCACAGGGCAUGGAGAAAGCGCUCGAGAGUAAAGAGGAGUACCAGGCUGAGGUCCAGUUCUACAAGAAGGAUGGAGCAUCCUUCUGGUGUCUGCUGGAUAUCGUUCCCAUUAAGAACGAGAAAGGAGAGAUGGUACUUUUCCUGUUCUCCUUUAAAGACAUAACGGACUCAUACGGAAAGAGCCACCAUGGUGGCAGGAAAGACGAUGAUAAGCAUUCCAGCAGGAAGAGCAGCAGCUCUCGGUUUAUUGCCGCUCGGAGGCGUGGCCACUCCGUCCUCUGCCAAAUCACUAGCCAAUUCAAACGUGGAGGAAAGAAUGACGUCAACCUUAGUGGAAACAUGUUCGAGAAGCCAUCACUGCCCGAGUACAAGGUUGCAGCAGUGCAAAAAUCCCGCUUCAUCCUUCUCCACUACAGCAUCAGCAAGGCAUUGUGGGAUUGGAUGAUCCUUCUGGCGACAUUCUACGUGGCUGUGACAGUGCCGUACAACGUUUGCUUCACCCCGUAUGUGGAAUCAGACACAGAGGCCAGGAGCACCAUUGUCUCGGACAUCGCUGUGGAGAUGCUGUUCAUCCUUGAUAUCAUUCUGAAUUUCCGCACCACAUACGUGAGCCAGUCCGGGCAGGUGGUUUAUGAUUCGCGCUCUAUCUGCAUCCACUAUGCUGCUACGUGGUUCUUUGUGGAUUUGGUGGCAGCGCUGCCAUUCGACCUCCUUUACGCCUUCAAUGUCACCGUCACAUCUCUGGUUCACCUGCUGAAGACGGUACGUCUGCUGCGACUUCUGCGUUUACUUCAGAAGCUGGAUCGUUACUCUCAGUACAGUGCCAUGGUGCUUACACUCCUCAUGUCCAUGUUUGCUCUGCUUGCUCACUGGAUGGCCUGCAUCUGGUACGUCAUUGGACGGAAGGAGAUGGAACGCAACGCUAACCAACAAGACUGGGACAUUGGUUGGCUGCAUGAGCUUGGAAAGCGCUUGGAGAGCCCGUACGUGAACAGCACGUUUGGAGGUCCGACUGUACGAAGCGCCUACAUUGCGUCACUGUACUUCACCCUCAGCAGCCUCACCAGCGUCGGAUUCGGAAACGUGUGCGCUAACACGGAUGCUGAGAAAAUCUUCUCCAUCUGCACCAUGCUGAUUGGAGCUCUCAUGCAUGCGGUAGUGUUCGGAAAUGUAACAGCCAUCAUCCAACGCAUGUAUUCCCGCCGCUCGCUGUAUCACACGCGCAUGAAGGAUCUGAAGGACUUCAUACGAGUCCACAGACUCCCACGGCAGCUGAAACAGCGCAUGCUUGAGUAUUUCCAGACGACAUGGUCUGUUAAUAACGGCAUUGAUGCAAAUGAGCUUCUGCAUGAUUUUCCGGACGAGCUCCGAGCCGACAUCGCCAUGCACCUGAACAAGGAUAUCCUGCAGCUUCCUGUAUUUGAGGGUGCAAGUCGUGGCUGUCUGCGUUCAUUAUCGCUGCACAUUAAAACCUCAUUCUGCGCACCGGGGGAGUAUCUGAUCCGCCAGGGAGACGCACUCCAUGCUAACUACUUUGUCUGCUCUGGCUCCCUUGAGGUUCUCAAGGACAGCAUGGUGCUCGCUAUACUGGGAAAGGGCGACCUGAUUGGUUCGGACCUGCCAGGACAGGAUCAGGUGAUUAAGACGAACGCAGAUGUGAAGGCAUUGACAUAUUGUGACCUGCAGUACAUCAGUGUUAAAGGGUUGAGGGAGGUGCUGGAGCUUUACCCCGAAUAUGCCAGCGUGUUCACCGAUGACAUUCACCAUAACCUAACAUACAACCUGAGAGAGGGCAGUGAGGCUGAGGGUCUUGCAAGAUUCUCACGUUCUCCAAGGUUUCCUCAUAACAAUAGAAUCGACUCAAGAGCAGUGACUGAUGGAAAGCAUUCCUGUAUGAUCGAAACUGUCGGAGAAGCAGAUGAACACUGUCACCUUUCUCCAGCAUCGAGAUCUCGCCGGAACCUUCACCUCCCAAACCUGGGUAACCUGCUGGGUGAUGAGCUGCGGCAGUUUAACGCGCUACGCCGCUGCCGUUCCCCGGUGAGAGGAACCUGUAAAAGUGUAUCACCAAAACCACACCCCAAAUCUGACCAUCUGCCACAUGAUGCCCCUCCCACAAUUCAGGAGGGAUUCACUGCACGGAAACCCAACAAACUCCUCAUUCCGACGCUCAGUUGCUUCGCACCACCGGACCUCAGCCCAAGGGUGGUUGAUGGGAUUGAGGAUAAUGGACGUGUGUUUCAUUUCAAUGCUGAGCACAGCAGGAACAGCUCUAGUACAGCGAAAGGUAAUGAUCAGGUGAACAGUACACUGCUCCAUGAUACAGAGGUGCGAGAGAGCAUCAGUCAGCUCAAUAAAAAGAUGGUCAGCCUAAACCAAGAAGUGUCUCAGCUAACAAAGGACCUGCAUCACAUGAUGCACCUUUUACAAGCACAAGCAGCCGCUCAUCACUACACCACCUCCAUGUCCUCUUACCCCUAUGGAGUGCACAUGUUACAAACAAACACUGCGGCAUACACCACCGGCAUGCACGCUCAUCAAGAAUCCCAAGGCCUUUAUCAUCCUCAUCAUCACCUUCAGGCUGAUCUCGCUGUGUCUGAGAACAGUGGCCACAUCGGAAAAAGUGCAUGGAGCCACAUGUCAGAAAUAGGUGGCGGUCGGACAGGUGCACAACCUGAAAUGUACGGACACCUUCCUCAUCUUGAUCCUAACAGCACCCGUGAUACUACAUCUUCUAAAUCAAGUUUAAUUAACAUUGACAGCUCCAUAUCCUCCUUCUAUCCAGCAAGAGGAUAUAAGAAACAGGAAGCAUCUGGUCAGGAUCACGGGACCCUCGCUAGCAUCAGUCUCUCUCAGCCUGUUCUGUUUAACCGGGACAAACCAAACCAAGUCUCUUUAGAUCUUCAUUUACUUUCCAGUGCACCAACGUCCACUCACUCCCUGCUAAUCACUAACCACACAAAUCCAAUUCAUGGCAAUAUUCCAGCCACUAGCGGACCAAAUCUGGAUUCAGACACUGACAUUCCGCACACAGUCCUGGAAGAGGUGAGUGAUGGCCGGAAAGAUGCUGUCCUGCUGGCAGAUUUGAGCAAAGUGGGACACACAAGUCGCGAGUGCCUGCUAGCAGAUGACGGCUCUGUGGAAACCCAGGACAUGGAGACGUCAGAAUCAGAAUCAACAAAGCCCGACAUCGGGGCUCAAAAUGAAAGCAGUGGCUCUGAAACUUCCUGGUGCCUCGACCUGAUGGACUAAUCCAAGACUCUUUAGAAAGUAUAUCCAAAAUGUUUGCAGUGAUCUGUUUUUUUUGUUGUUGUUGUUUGUUUGUUUGUCUUUUUGACAAGGGAUUGUCUUUUCCAUCCAGGCCGUGCAAAUAACUUAAUAACUAUGCAAGAGGCAUGUUGAUUGUGCAUUAUUCUUUAUUUACUCAAUCAAUACUCAGUAUACGACAAAAAUAGCUUGCCUUUGAAAUCACACACAGUUGGGUCCAAAAGUCUGAGUCCAAAAAUUAUUAGUACUCUGUACAUUUCACAUCACAGAAUCAUCCUAAAUGUUUCCAGCCAAUGAGAAAUCACCAUGCGAAAACCCAUUAAAUGUCUCUUGGUUUUUACAAUCUAUAAUUACUUCAUACUAUAAAUAUACUGGGGGUCACUGUGGCUUUGUGGUUAGCACGUUCGCCUCACACCUCCAGGGUUGGGGGUUUGAUUCCCGCCUCUGCAUUGUGUGUGUGUGGAGUUUGCAUGUUCUCCCCGUGCCUCAGGGGUUUCCUCCGGGUACUCCGGUUUCCUCCCUCAGU